UGGUUCUUGUUUAUACUGCAAAAUAAACGAAUUAAUAAGAAAAUACAUAUUACACAACAGAACUUGUCAUUAAUGGUAGCAAUAAUUUAAGAAUGAAUUGCUGAAAUAGUGGGUUACUGGCAUAGUUACAAAAAUAAACUAUACAUAUAUGAUUGGUACAUUACCAAAAUAAAUAUUUCAUCAGGUACUGAUGAAAGCAACCCCAGGCAGUGCACAGAUUUUUUAAUCGAUUAAUUUUCGGUGUAUUUAAAAAAACUAUUAAAUACUGUAAAUUUAAAAAGAAUAUAUGACAAUAAUUAUUAUUUAUAAUUGAAUGAAAUAUGUGAGGAAAUCACACAGUGUUAAUUGAGUACGUUUGUAGUAAAAGUGUGUAUGCACUUCACUGACAGAGUCAGUUUGAAAGUGGCCAUGGCAGUGACUGGACUAAGAACAGUUACUUGUUUUAUUUUCUAUCUUAUAGUGGUAAUAAAUGCUCGUAAGUGUUAUACACAAUCACAAUAUACCGAUGAUUCUGAUUACAAAGACUUAGAAUUUUAUGAGGAUAUGCCAAUUAAUUACAGGAAUUACGAGAAAGAUCAUAUAGAUGUUAAUCAAGACGAUUUUUAUAUUUUAAGUAAUUUCGAAGAUGCAAAUGUGCAAAAUGAUGUCUACCCCCAUAGAAAUGAUCUUCAAAUACCAUUCGAGAAUAGAGAUGACGCUCUUAAAAAAAGAUCGCCAGUUGCACAAUUAAAUUGGUAUAAACCCGAGAAAGUGUAUCGAUACACUAAGCACCGAAUUCCUGGAUACGAUUACGAAGAGCUUGAUUACGUGAUUACUAGAAAUUUUCAACAAUGUGAUGAAAAGUCAGUUUGGACCCAUUGCCUUUGUCAAUUCACAUGCUCCGAACCGGACGUGGUAGAUUGUUACACACCAUGCAAAAGUGGAUGUGAAUGUAAAGAAGAAUAUGUGUUCGAUGAAAAAACGCAACAAUGUUCGUUGCCAGAACACUGUUCUUCGAAAGAUGAUAAUUUUUAUAUCACGUAAUUCGUAUAAGAUAAAGUAAUAUAUGAAAUGGUGCAUUAAUCUUAUUUUUAUCAUUAAUCACACUAUGCAUAACACAACAGAAUACUGAUUUUAUAUAAAUUUAAAUAAACUAAUAGAAAAAUUCUUAA